AUGGUAACGCUUUUCACGGAACGGAAUCCCAGCGCAGAUCAUUACAACCUAACACUACUGAUCCUUAAGAAGACUAAUAUGCUGAUCAUAUUCUUCUCACUCUUUCACGCUAAUGGAUGUAAAGGGAGUGAAUUUGUCAGAGAUUUCUUUAAUCUUCCAUCGCACUUCUCUGUAAGAAUAGAAUUGUCAACUUCAACCGUCCACGAAAACAACAGUGAAAUCGGUGGACGACUGGGACUUGUUGUUGAAGAUGCGCUUGCUGCAGCGAAUGCCCUACAUUUGCGACAACCAGUAAACUUCAACGUUACGUCCUCGGAUCGAAAGGCUAGUCAUGGCACUCAAGUUAAGAACGCGAUUAUAGAGAAAUCCGAAGCCGGAGGCGUAGAGCUCCGUUAUUGCGACAAUGCCAUUACUACGACGAAAGGAUGCAGCUUCUGGCGAGACUCAGAGGACCUGCUUCCAAAAUCGAUGUCUGCUGCGUGGACUCGAUUCGGUCAUUUACGGAUGAGACGAUGUGGUUCAACUCCAGUUUCGACUAUCUUCAUCGCUUAUGCUUCAACAUCAACCUACGGAAAAGAAGAAGUCGAAGCCUUCUAUUUGAACCCAGAGAAUUUCUACAGAGAGGGUCAUGUCAGGAGAGAAGAAAAAGCCGCAAAGUUAACAAAGCGUCACACAACUAUCAGCGGUUGGGACCCCAUCGCUUCCCCAGUCGGGUUUUGGGAAGAUAUCACAACAAACGACAUCGACGACGAAUAUUAUCGGCUUGCAGAACAUCUUUACGACUGUGCGAGGAAAGCAAAGAGUUUCAAAACCAUUAAGAGACCCCUGUUUCCGAAAACUUUAGAGCUGAUACGUCAGCGUGAAGCUGCACGAGCUGCAGGCAAAAAAGAACUCACGUCCGAGCUCGAAAGGCUUUGCAGAGAGGCGAUGAAAGAAGACCUCAAAGAGACAAGAACAAAAGCGUUGGCUGAAGCUGCAGAGGCGAGAAAAAGCAUAAACUACGCCCAUCGGAGCUUCACCAAUCGUGAAACAAAAACGGCUGCUUUCCGGAACCCAGAUGGAACAACUAGAGCAACGAGAAAGGGUAUGGAGAAGAUCAUUCACAACUUCUAUUCAUAUGCCUCCGUCAGCCACGUCCACUUGCCUUCUCUCCAUCUAAGGGAAGAUGGAUAUGUUAAACCAGAGGUUCGCCCUCCAAACGUCCGACUUGUCAUUAUGUCGGUGAAGAGUUGUAAUUUACCCGGUCCCGAUAGAAUAAAGUCAGAACAUCUGAAGACCUUAUCGCCAAUCCUUAUCAACACAGUGCCAGGCUCUUCACUCGUUAUCUUCCAGAAUGCAAGGUUCUUAAGCAGUGGAAAACCAGCAAGACCGUGCUGUUGUAUAAAAAGGCAGAUCCUUAUGAUGUCGGCAACUAUCGCCCAAUCUGCUUACUGUGUGUCAUUAGUAAGCUCUUCACAAGAACGAUGGAUGAUGUACACCAAUGUUAGCAAGCAUAGUUUCAGCACGGUUGACUACAUACAUACCCUUAGUAAACUCAUAGAAGUAUCUCGAGGGUACAAGAUGCCGCUGUGUCUCACUACCAUCGACAUGAAAAAAGCGUUCGAUUCAGUUAUGACGAAAAUGGUCACGGAUCCCUUAUACAACCAAGGCGUCGCUACUCUACACACAAAGAUACUUCGUGAGUUAUGCAACUUCACGACCGAAAUCCCUCCAUUCUACAAUAAUGUUACAAUCGACGUAAAGGUAGAGGUUCGACAGGGUGACACAAUCUCACCUAAAAUAUUCAGUGCCACUCUCGAAAAUGCGAUGUCGGGAUUAGAUUGGGAUGAAAAGAAGAGAAUGUUGACGAUUAUUGGAAAUGAUAUGGAUUUGCUAAGAGUUUCACAUAUUUCAGCUGUUCUUCAAUAUCCUUUGCACAAAGUUACCUCGCAGAACAGUUUCCUGGAGAUUCGCUUACCGCCAUGGUGGAUUGUAGUACUCCUGAUUGGUUCUGGCAUUCUGAUUUUAUGUUUCGGCUGGUGCAUUUUAUUCAUGUGCCUCAACGUGUGUGGAUUCCGAUCAAUCGGCUAUGAGGAAUCAAAAGUUGUGUAUCAAAGAGAUGAUUCGACUCAAUGCGACUUUCCACCUCUCGAUAGUAAAGAAUAUGCUUGCCUCGAUUGGUACAAGAAGAAGUUUUUGGACAAGGAUAACAGUUGGAAAAGGGCAGCGGUACCUGAAACAACGUCCCCGUUGCGAACAGCUCCAGGUUUCAUGGCAGCGCUGAGUGACGCAAAAAUCGCAUUCCACCACGGUGAAACGGGCUGGCACCGUUACUUUGCAAACUAUGGCAUUUCAACUAUUUACUCAGUUGAGUUGAGUGUAUUUCCUUCAAGCUAUUGA